AUGAAGGGUCAAGUGGAAACCCGGGCUGAAGCGCUCUGGCGCUCGCCCUUUCUCUCCCUCCGUCUCGGGCGAGGCGAAGCUCCUGCGCACGGGCGCCUCCGAGGAGCCACCGGGGAAGCGCUGCGCGAGUCUGGCUGGGCGGCGGGCGCGCCUCGGGCUUCGGGGCCGGGCUUCCCGGAGGCGGGCGAGGGCGCGGGCGAGGGCGCGCGCGGGGGGCGACCCGGCGUGGGGCGGCGUCUCCUCUCCCGGCCCGCCCGGCCCGCUUGCCUCCCCGCCAGCCAGCCAGCCAGCCUGCCGGAUUCAGUCCUGGAACGGGACUUGCUCGGCGUUUUCUUCCUGCGCACCGAGGCGGGCGGGCGCCUGGACGUCUCCGGGGUGGCCCUUCCCGGCCGGGACGCGCCUCUCCAGCCCAUGGCAGCGCGCGAGAGGAGAUGCGUUGGAUCUGUCCAGGGCCGGACGCACACGCAGGCUGAAGAGCGGCUCUUCAAGUACCUUUUCAAUGCAUACAACAAGUGGUCCAGGCCGGUCCCCAAUACCUCUGACGUUGUCAUCGUCAGGUUUGGGCUAUCCAUUGCUCAGCUCAUUGACGUGGAUGAGAAGAACCAAAUGAUGACCACCAACGUUUGGCUGAAGCAGGAGUGGAAUGACUACAAACUGCAGUGGGACCCGGCGGAGUUUGACAACGUGACGUCUAUCCGUGUGCCUUCCGAGAUGAUUUGGAUCCCGGACAUUGUGCUAUAUAACAAUGCCGACGGUGAGUUUGCCGUGACGCACAUGACGAAGGCCCACCUCUUCUCCAACGGCAGCGUGAAGUGGGUGCCGCCGGCCAUCUACAAGAGCUCCUGCAGCAUCGACGUGACCUUCUUCCCUUUCGACCAGCAGAACUGCAAGAUGAAGUUUGGCUCGUGGACCUACGACAAGGCCAAGAUCGACCUGGAGAGCAUGGAGCGCCACGUGGACCUGAAGGACUACUGGGAAAGCGGGGAGUGGGCCAUCAUCAAGGCCGUGGGCACCUACAACACGAAGAAGUACGACUGCUGUUCCGAGAUCUACCCAGACAUCACGUACAGCUUCGUCAUCCGCCGCCUGCCGCUCUUCUACACCAUCAACCUCAUCAUCCCUUGCCUCCUCAUUUCCUGCUUGACCGUCUUGGUUUUCUACUUGCCCUCCGACUGCGGCGAGAAGAUCACCCUUUGCAUUUCGGUCCUCCUGUCCCUCACCGUCUUCCUCCUCCUCAUCACGGAGAUCAUCCCAUCCACCUCGCUGGUCAUCCCGCUGAUUGGCGAGUAUCUGCUCUUCACCAUGAUCUUCGUCACCCUCUCCAUCGUCAUCACGGUCUUCGUCCUCAACGUCCACCACCGCUCGCCCGGCACCCACAAGAUGCCGCGGUGGGUCCGCACGGUCUUCCUGGAUUUCAUUCCCCGCUGGCUCUUCAUGAAACGCCCCCCAGUGUUAACUCCGGGGCUGAGGGUGGCCAGCGAGGCUGUGAUCGGGCAGUACGACGUGCCUCCGGAGCAUCUUAGCACGUCGCAGUGUUGGCUGGAGACGGACGUCGAUGAGAAGUGGGAGGAAGACGAGGACAGCCACGAGGAGAGCCCGCACUCUGGCCGUUUGCCCCUCCAAGGCACCUGUCACCACCACUGCCUCCAGUACCGCUACACCUGUGCCCGACACCUGGGAAGGGGUUUUGUGGAACUGGUACAGUGUCCAGCCGCCAAAACGGAGAAUCUGCCGUCAUCUGAGCAGGGGUUGAAGUUGUCCCCAAGUAUCCUGAAGGCCCUGGAAGGGGUACACUAUAUUGCCAACCACUUACGGGCUGAGGAUGCAGAUUUUUCGGUGAAAGAAGACUGGAAGUACGUUGCCAUGGUGAUCGACCGCAUCUUCCUCUGGAUGUUUGUCAUCGUCUGCUUGCUGGGGACCAUUGGCCUUUUCCUUCCCCCUUUCCUGGCCGGCAUGAUCUAGAGCCAGGGCACCUGAGGGUGAGGCUGCCUUCCUCAAAGUCGUCAGCCCCCAGCCCGGGGCCUCCACCCAAAUCGCCACGUGGACU